CAGAACGGACAUGGUGGGGAGAUGCGAGAAUUUCUGUCAAGACAACCAAACCUGGCAGUACCCGCACCCCAUCUGUCAGAAGGUGUAUUGCCUGCCUCCCCCGGAGGUGGAGCAGGGCUACGUGGUGGCGGUCCAGAAGACAGAGUAUGAGGUGGACUUUGAAAUCCAUUAUCUCUGCAGAAAGAACUUCCUGCUGGAUGGACCUCCGAAGGUCACCUGCCUGUCAGACGGCAGCUGGAGCGCCUCCCCACCACACUGCAGAGCUCGCUGUGUCAUCCCUGCUGAGCGGAGCCGUGUGGAGAUCGGCGGAGAGAAGCGUUGGCCAUAUGACGUCACGGACGCCAUGGUUCAACAUGGGGAAAACGUCACAUUUUACUGCAAACAUCCUCAUAAGCAGUGCGGUUUCCCUGCGGCCCAGACCUGCUUUGAUGGCGUGCUGCAGCCGCCGGCGUGCUACCUCGAGCCCACCUGGUUGCAGUACAAGCUCUUCCCCCACCGGCUAGUCUCGGAGAUCGAGGCGUGCGAGCCCGGCGACGAGGAGUGACCGGACUCAAACUCCCAGAGAGAACGUCCCGCUUCGAUACUCUUGACACACACCAAUGCAAACCCACACCUCCUCCUCCUCCUCCUCCUCCUCCUCCCCUGACACCCACAGACACUCCCCACUUCACUCAAUAACUCCUGUCUGGACCCCUGAUCAUAAAACCCUGUAAUCGUGGCGACCCCCCUCGUGACCUUUGGACACAUGCCAUCCCUAUUCUCUCUCUCGUCACUCUGUACUGUUUAUUAUCAAACCGAAGAAACUUUAAAUCCUCCAGUUUGUCUUUCCUCCGCCUUGCGUGUAAGUCCGUUUCAUACCGUAGAGGGUAACACACAAGUGGUGAUGUGUAAUUAAGAUGCGCAUGAUGAACCAGUAACACCAGUGACGACAUCUGCCUUCAUGUACGUGUCAUGCGUCCGUGGCUGGGCUGUCAUGCACCGCCGUGGGAUCUCCGGCCUGUCGUCGCUCUGUAGUGUGUUUCAUCGUUUUACGUUUCCUUCGUCGUCGUCGUUGUUGGGUUUGUUCCCUCCUCAGAAGGAUUGUGUAGUGACUCGCUUUGUCCUUCUUCUGUCGACAUGAUACUGACGCGUCAAGUCUAAAGGCUGGCAAGUUUUACCGAUGUGAGUGAUUUGCAAUAAAACAAUGUCUUCUUUA